UCCACUCUCUCUCUCUCUCUCUCUCUCUCUCUCUCCCUGCUUCACAUUCAGACAUCGGGUCUUCGUCUCUUCCUCUUUAGAGACGCAGAGGCCUUAAGACAGAGAAAUCGCCGAAAUCUCAGACGCACACAGAUACUCCGAAAAUGGCGACGAAUAUCGGAAUGAUGGAUGGGGCUUACUUCGUAGGCAGAUCUGAGAUCUUGGCCUGGAUCAACUCCACUCUGCAUCUCAAUCUCAACAAAGUCGAAGAGGCGUGUUCCGGUGCGGUUCAAUGCCAGCUCAUGGAUGCGGUUCAUAACGGUAUGGUGCCGAUGCACAAGGUGAACUUUGAUGCCAAGAGCGAGUAUGAGAUGAUUCAGAACUACAAGGUCCUUCAGGACGUCUUUAACAAACUCAAAAUCACCAAGCACAUUGAGGUGAGCAAGCUUGUGAAAGGAAGGCCGCUGGAUAAUUUGGAGUUCAUGCAAUGGAUGAAGCGAUACUGUGAUUCCGUCAAUGGAGGCAGCAUGAACACUUACAAUGCUCUGGAAAGGAGAGAUGCUUGCAAAGGCGGGAAAGAAGCACACAAAAGAGGUGCCCAAUCACAAACAUCGGCCAAGGGUGCAGCAGCUUCCCAAAGAUCUCACUCCUCCCACACUGCUCGAAGAAAUGAUGUACCACCUUCUGUGAACUCUACAAGUCAAUCCGGGAAGACCUCGAGACCUGCUUCUAGUGGAGGCCCUGCUCCCCCUGUAUAUGACGAACAGAUCACAGAGUUGAAACUUUCAGUGGAUAGCCUUGAAAAGGAGAGGGAUUUCUACUUUGCAAAGCUCCGGGAUAUUGAGAUACUUUGCCAGAAUCCUGAGAUUGAGCACUUAAAUGUUGUUGCUGCUAUACAGAAGAUUCUUUAUGCUACCGAAGAUGAUGCAUCAGUGGUAGCAGAUGCUUGA